AUGAUCUCAAAAUAUCUCGUUUUUGCAAAUUCAACCGAUAUAAUUGAUCUGUUUGACACUUGCUUGAAUUUACUAUUCAUGCUGAUCUUUGGUUUACAGAUGAAAUUUAGUGGAGUUCGUGUGCAAAUCAUAUUUGAGAUAGUGAACCUACAAGUACACAUUUACAUAGUCAUUGCAUUGCAAUAUAUUGCUUUAUAUAAGCAUAAUAACUUGAAACUGCUCCAAUAUAGCUGUAACGUACUAACAGGUAUGCAUACCUACCCAGAACCUAUUUACAUUUGCUUACAGGUAAACUUUAGGAAGUUUAAAAGGCAAAUGGCACUACGGUUUAAUAUAAUUAAACUACAUACAUUUAACCUUAGCAAUGAACUUGGUUCUUACAUUUAUUCAAUGUGUUCAUAUGUGAAUGUCAAUAUAUUGCCAUUCAAAAUGUAUUAG